AUGGUGGAAAUAAACCUGACAAAAAUCGUGUCAACCGUUUUUCUCAGUUUUAUGUUUUACAAUUUCUUCCAAUUGUACAAACUAUUCACACCAGAGCUAUGCGCCGACACCGAUCCCGAUUCGAAUUGUUAUUCGCCAAUAAUUCGGCCGAACAGCGAAGGAUUGUUCGAUUUAUUGCAAUUGCGAGUGUAUUUUUCAACGAAACGAGAUUCGCUGGAAACGUUGGUGACGACGGUAGAGAAUGUGCAAAUCGCUGAUGCUUUUCAGAAAGAACUAAAAGUAAAAAUCCCAUCAUCCGUCGCCAAAGAUGGCUACCUCUACGCCCACACCAUCCUUCUCCCCCAUGGCUUUGAAGAUCGAAAUCCGAUGUCAGCACCAUGGAAAGUGCACGUGGCCGCGCCAAUGAUCGUCUUCCAAGAGCCAGUAGCGAAAACUUUCCAGUUGUUAGGUGAAGAUGAAGCUGUGGUGGAAAAACCCAAAAAGGCCAAAAAGGUGGUAGAGCUGGCUGCCCACUUCCGAACUGUGCUUCCAGUAAGGAUAGUUUCCGAAUCGAGUCGAUUUGUAAAAACGAAAGUUAGCGGGGAAUUAGCCGACUUUCUGACGGUCCAACGUCAAGAUCAGUACCUCCCAAUCAUGUUUGUCGACGAGAUGAGUAUGAGGAGUAAACAUCUUUUCGAAUUAGCGGAUUUCCAAAAAUCAGUGAAUCUCACCAUUAAUUAUGAGCCAACGAGCGUUGCUAAAUUGCUUCUUUUAACCUCCACCGCUCGUUCGACGCAACAAUUGAUGCGACAUGGAUUUAAGGAUAAGGAUAUCGAUGAGCUGAGAGGGCUUUUUACUGAAACUUCGAUUGUAUUGCUCAUGAUUACUUUCUUCGUUUCCACUCUUCAUUUGUUAUUCGAUGCGCUGGCUUUUAAGAAUGAUAUAUCGUUUUGGAAGGGGAGGAAGUCAAUGGUGGGAUUGUCUACGAAAACUCUCCUCUGGCGCUGCUUCUCUCAAACCAUCAUAUUUUUCUAUCUUUUCGACCAAGAAACCUCUCUCCUAGUCCUCAUCCCCUCUGGAAUCGCUACAGUAAUCGAGUACUGGAAAGUGACCAUAGCCUACAAGGUCUCGAUCUCCUGGCGAGGAAUCAAGUUCGGAAAGCAUUCUGCAGAAGAGGAUGAGACGGAUUCAAUCGACGCUCAAGCUAUGAAAUACCUAUCAAUUCUUCUAGUACCACUGGUCAUUGGUGGUGCUGUUUAUAGUUUGCUCUAUGUUCCACACAAGUCGUGGAGGUCUUGGCUUCUGGAGACGUCGGCUAAUGGUGUCUAUGCAUUUGGAUUCUUGUUCAUGUUGCCUCAACUGUUUGUGAAUUAUAAAUUGAAGAGUGUCGCACAUUUGCCAUGGAGAGCGUUUAUGUACAAGGCCUUCAACACCUUCAUUGACGACCUAUUCGCCUUCAUCAUAACCAUGCCAACCGCCCAUCGAAUGGCUUGCUUCCGAGAUGAUAUCGUUUUCCUUGUCUACUUGUACCAACGAUGGCUGUAUCCAGUGGACUAUACCAGAAUCAACGAGUUUGGAGAAGGAGGGGAGGAUAAGAAGAAGAAGGAUUCAGAAGUAGUGGAUUCUGAAGAAAAAGGAGAAGUUCAAGAGAAGGAAAUGAAAGAAACCGCUGAAAUCCCUGGAGCCCCAAGACGGCGAACUGCCAAAAAGGCCACCUAA